AUGAACAUGAGAGUCUCUUUCGACUUUCUCGUCAGUGGAUUCACGGUUGGCUGUUCAAUCUCACGGGAUAAUUUCUCGUUAUCUUCCUUCGAUGACUCCUUGCUUUCGACCCAGUCUCUCGCAGUCUCAGUUAUCACUAUAAUUACGUCGAUUUUGGUAUUUCGCUAUUGGCGAUCUCUUAAGUAUGCAGCAGUAUCCUACGAAAUUCCAAUACCAAAGCAAUGCAGCGAAGAAUGGACAGGUGAUAUCCUGGACAAUCCUUCUAUAAGGACCACUACAGAUAACAACAUCAAUUGCUACUGUCCCGCUAAUGGAAAGUUUCUGGGAGAGGUUACACCGGCAUCUCCAGAAGAUAUUGACAACGCGAUUGCAAAAUCCGCUGUAGCUCAGAAACAAUGGGCCAGAACAUCAUUUGAAGAACGGAAAAGAGUCCUCAGGACACUCCAAAAGUAUAUACUUUCAAACAGGGAUAUAAUCAUCAAAGCAGCGUGUCUUGAUUCAGGCAAGACGCGUAUCGAUGCAUCCUUGGGUGAGAUCUUGGUUUUAGUUGAGAAAAUCAAGUGGAUAUUAGGUUACGGAGAGAGCGCAUUGAAACCCGAGAGAAGGUCCGUUUCAUGGCCACUGAUGUGCUAUAAGAAGGCAGAAGUACGUUAUGAGCCUUUGGGAGUUGUCUGUGCUUGCGUUUCCUGGAAUUAUCCGUUCCAUAACUUGCUUUGUCCUAUUGUCAGUUCUAUUUUUGCUGGUAAUGGAAUAAUUGUCAAAGGAAGUGAAAAUACAGCAUGGAGUUCCCAUUAUUUUAUCUCAAUUGUAAAGGGUGCGCUUGAAGCUUGCGGACACAAUUCAGAUCUGGUAGAGUCUAUUACAUGUUGGCCUGACGUGGCUCCGCAUCUCACAUCUCACUCUGGAAUAUCCCAUAUAACAUUUAUCGGAUCACGCCCGGUGGCUCACCACGUGGCUGCCUCGGCCUCGAAAUCAUUAAUACCUCUCUGCAUUGAACUUGGCGGAAAGGAUGCGGCUAUUAUCCUUGACGAUAUUCCGAAUGUGAAUAUUCUCUCUUCAAUCCUCAUGCGUGGUGUAUUCCAGAGUGCUUCUCAGAACUGUGUGGGUAUCGAGCGGGUGAUCGCACUCCCAAAGGUCUAUCCUCGGCUUGUUAAUAUCUUAGAAGAGAGAAUAAAGCUUCUCCGGCCCGGAUCGAUCUUAGACGGCGAUGAAGUGGAUUGCGGUGCAAUGAUAUCAUCGGCCGGCUUUGAUAAACUUGAAGAAUGGAUACACGACGCUGUUCAAAAGGGUGCAAAGUGUCUUGUAGGAGGGAAACGAUACUUGCAUCCCAAACACCCUAAAGGACAUUACUUUUCACCUACACUUCUCAUCGACGUAACUCCUGACAUGUUGAUUGCACAAAAUGAGACAUUUGCCCCAGUUUUCGUGCUAAUGAAGGCUGGUGAUGUUCAUGAUGCCAUAGAUAUCGCGAAUGGGACGGAAUUUGGUCUUGGCGGGUCUGUCUUUGGAAGAAACAAGAGGGAUCUCCAAAAGGUUGUACAAGAAAUGAAAAGCGGAAUGGUAUCAGUAAACGAUUUUGGAGUUUAUUAUCUUAACCAGUCACUCCCAUUCGGCGGAGUUAAAGGCUCUGGUUAUGGACGAUUUGCCGGCGAGGAAGGUUUACGGGCGGUUUGUAAUCUGAAGGCAGUUUGCGAGGACAUAUUCCCUGGUUUGUUGAGUACUGCGAUUCCACCGGUGGUGGAUUAUCCUAUUAGAAAUGGAGAUAGAGGUUUGAACUUCACUACAGGCUUGAUCGAGUUAGCUUAUGGAGAGACCUGGAAAAGGACAUUCGGUGGGCUCUGGAAACUGGGUGGAAUUUUGAGUUCUCAGCCUUCAACUAUUUCUAUAAUGAUAUAUGUGAUGCUAGAUUUCAGGGAUUUUAAGUGA